UUACUUUUGCUACGUCUCUUUUAAAUGCAGUUAUUCGAGAGAAACACGAAAGAAACAUUGCAACACAAAAUGAAAAUGACAAAGUGCUACAAAUAGCACCACGAAAUGAAAACGAAAUAAAUCAAAUCUUAACACAAGAUGAAAAUGAUAAAAUGUCUCAAUUUGCACAAAAUCAAAAUACAGUGCAUCAAGAUUCAAUUAAUGAUUUGCAUUCAGAUAGUGAAGAAGGUUCUCUCUAUCGAUGGUCAGAUCCAACUGUUGUUCUUUUGUUGAGAACAUAUGAAGAAAUGGAACCAAACUUUACUAGUGGAAAAAUGUCGCAAAAAAAGUGUUGGGAACUAGUUGCUAAAUCAUUAAAAGAUCAAGGAUACAAUGUAACUGGUUCUNAAUGUGCUUCUAAACUAAGAAGCUUGAAAAAAACUUAUAAGUCAAUAAAAGACCACAAUUCUAAAUCUGGACAUGAUAGAAGAACUUGGCAACAUUUUGAGAUUAUGGAAGAAAUAUUUUCAAAAAAAGCAUGGUGUAAUCCUGUAGCAGUUGCUUCAUCUACUGGAUUAUUAAUGAAGAAUACAAUUUCGUAUUCAGAUGCCUCAUGUAGUCAUGAUGGUUCUGUUGAUGACGGAGAAAAUAAAGAAAAUACAGUAUCCGAAAACAGUAUGUAUCCUCUAUCUUUUUACAUAUAUGACUAA